AUGGCGUGGCAAAAGCUUUGCAAAGAGAAAGAAAAUGGAGGAUUGGGCUUUCAUGAUCUUAAAAAGUUCAAUCAAUCUCUCUUAGCAAAACAAGCAUGGAGAUUAUGGAACUCACCUAACUCGCUAGUAGCAAGAAUUCUCAAAGCUCGGUAUUUUCCGCGUUCAUCUUUCCUAGAAGGCUGUGUGGGGAGGAGACCAUCGUAUGCAUGGAGAAGUAUUUUGCAUGGUCGUGAGUUAAUGCAGAAAGGUCUCCUGAAAGAGAUUGGUAAUGGUGAGGAGUCUAGACUCUGGAUAGACAACUGGAUCAUGGAUAAAGUCCCAAGACCACCAAUGUAUCGCCAAGAUGCUAUGGUAGAUCUCACGUUGAAUGUGAGUGAUCUGAUAGAUCAUCAGCAUGGUGGGUGGAAUUUACAUCGAGUCAGAGAAGUGAUUGCAGAUGAAGACAUAAACUGA